AUGCGCUUCUCCGUGGCACAGGCGCUCGCCCCCUCCCCCCCCCUUCCCCCCGGGGCACAGCCAUCGCGAGAACAUGCUCGUGCCGGGGCUGGGCUUUUUGUCGACGUGGCACAUCACACGAGCAGCGGAGAUGGACAGGAUCUUGCAUUGAUUGCCUGGGCUCCGGUGGGCGAUGAUGACAAGAAAGGAAAGGGUCAGGUGCGCCCUGACGAGUGCGUUGCGUCAAAGGUGGAUGGAUGGGUUGGUCCUACUGCCAUGUCGAGAACCUUUUUUUUUUUUUUUGCCCCUACAAUCCCAUUUAUUUCAAAAACCAAGUGGCUGCGAGACCUCGCAUCAACAUUUGCCGUGUCGCAGAUCCCCCCUUCGGGAAUAGGCCUCUCCGCGGAAAAAGAGGGUGCCAACCGUCCACGACUCAAACGCCACACGGGCUUAUUUAGUUUAUCUUUGUGUGUUUAA